UCCUGCUCUGAACAGAACCUUCAGGUCCUUCUGCUGCUUCACGUCUGCUCGGUUCCACCUGAAGAACACCAUGAGCGAUGCAGCGGAGGAGCUGCGCUGGAGGCUGCAGCAGCUGCAGAGUCGCUUCACCUGGAAACUGGAGGAGGAAGAUCUGCAGCUGGACGACCUGAGCAGGCAGCUGGAGCACGACAUCCAGCUGGAGCUGGGCCAGAGAGGAGCCACCGCUCACUACUGCCGCCUGCUGGCCUAUGUCAGGUAUCUCCAGGUGCGACCACAGGAGGCGCUGGCUCUCCUCAGCCAAUCAGAGGACAGAACCAGAGAGUGUUACGGCGAGGACAGCGAGAGACGACUCAUCGUGACGUACGGAGACAUGGCCUGGAUGCACUAUCACCAUGGAGACCACAAACAGGCAGAGAGCUACUGCAGCAGAGUGCAGCACACACUGGAGAAGCAUCCCUCCGGUUCCUCUGAGUUCCUUCCAGAGGUGUUUGGGGAGAAAGGCUGGACGUUCCUGAAGUUCUCCAAGUCCCUGUAUCCUGCUGCCAUCCAGUGUUUCCGUGACGCCCUGAAGCUGCAGCCUGAUGACUGGGAGUGGAACACGGGUCUGGCCAUCGCCCUGUACCGCACGGAACCACAGCCGGCCGUUCUAGGAACAUCUCCUGAAGAGUCUCCUGCCACCCAGCAGCUCCGCCGGGCCCUGAAGUUCUGCCCUGAUGACGGCGUCCUGCUGGCCCUGCUGGCCCUGAAGCUGCAGCAGCAACACCAACACCACGAGGCAGAAGUUCUGGUGGAGAAAGCGCUGGUCGGACCCAACGACGACCAAGUCAUCCGCUACGUAGCCAAGUACUUACGGCUGCAGGACCAGCUGGAUCAGUCCAUUGGUCUGCUGCUCAGAGCUCUGAAGGGCAGCAGCCAAUCAGCUUUCAUCCACCAUCAGCUGGGUCUGUGCUACCUGAGGAAGAAGAAGAACCUUCUGUCCAUCAAGCCCAAACCCGAGAAAGAGGUCCAGCGGUGGAGGCGUCUCAGUAUUCAUCACCUGGAGGAGGCGGUCCGGCUGAAGAACGGGCUGAACAGCGCCAAGGCCGACCUGGCUCUGCAGUACGCUGAGGAGUCGGACCUGAAGAGAGCCCAGGAGAUGUUUGAUGAUGUUCUCCAGCAGCUGGAGGAGGAACCUCCCAGCAUCCGCCAGUCGAUGAGUCGCUGCUACGCCGAGUUCUGUCACUACCACAGCAUCCAGAAGGACACCGCCAUCUCCUUCUACAAGAAGGCUCUGGAGUUCAGCACCAACACAUCAGACGGGAAACACUGUGUGAAGAAGCUGAAGAUGAUGGCAGAGCGCCGUCUCAGGAACAACCCGGCAGACGGCGCGUCCUACGGCAUUCUGGGAUACGUGGCCCGAGCUGAGGGCGACUACAGGCGGGCGGCGAGGUUCUACGAGGACGCUCUGGAGAGAGAACCCCAGAACACAGAGUUCCUGUCGAUUCUGUGUGAGCUCCGUCUGCAGCUGGACUGAGUCACAACCAGAAAACAACACAACAAGAACAUCUAAACAACAUAUAAACAAAACCAAUCCUCUAAAUAAACACAACUGUUAGGAAAAGGGUUCUGGUUAGAACGUGUGACGAGAACCCUGAGUCUGAGGAAGACCAGGGUUCUGGGUGAAAGCUCAGCAGCUCACUGAACUUUGAGUCGAGUUUGGCCUCAUUUUGAAAAACCUUUAAUUCAUUCUAGACUUGUUUAAAAUCAUUUCUGAUGUUUUUAACUUUCUUCAAACAGCUUUCAAAUAUUUUCAAAGUUUUCCUCAUUUUGCUUCAUUUUUAUCUCGUUCUGAGAGCAUCACGUUUUCAUAUCAGUCUCUGAAAUGUUUGUUCCAUCAAAAUGUCGAUAUCUGAAAAGACAAAUAGGAAAUAUUUCCUUCUGAACUUAACCAGUGAGUCCUGAGUUACUGCAAUAAAGA